GUGGUUCACUAAUCCUAUCCAUAUGUCCAGAUAAGACGUGAACUACAAAGUGCCAGCAAAGACGAGGAUUUUUCACCACAAACAUAGCCUCGGCGGUGGUACGUUCCGCUACUUCCGCCCAAUCUGUGCAGCUACGAACUCCUAUCGCGUCUGCGCUGCCGCCAUUUUGCUGUCCUGUGACCGUGUUCUCCGCCUGUGCACCGGGAACGACGGUCAACAUGCCGGCGGGACCUGUGCAGCUGCUGGCGCCUCAGACGCCCGAUGGAGGACAGCAACAGAUGGAGGAGGAAAAGAAAGAAGAUGUUGUUCCAUCUAAACCCAUUGUGGGAAUUAUCUACCCUCCACCAGAAGUCCGCAAUAUUGUUGACAAGACUGCAAGCUUUGUGGCAAGAAAUGGUCCAGAGUUUGAAGCCAGAAUCCGUCAAAAUGAAAUUAACAAUCCUAAAUUUAACUUCUUAAAUCCAAAUGAUCCUUACCAUGCCUACUACCGUCACAAAGUCAAUGAAUUUAAAGAGGGGAAAGCACAGGAACCAUCUGCUGCCAUUCCAAAAGUUAUGCAACAACAGCAGUCUGUGCAGCAACUUCCCCAAAAGGUCCAGGCUCAAGUUGUUCAGGAGACCAUCAUUCCAAAGGAACCUCCUCCAGAGUUCGAGUUUGUGGCUGAUCCGCCUUCCAUAUCUGCCUUUGAUCUGGAUGUGGUGAAACUGACAGCUCAGUUUGUUGCCCGUAAUGGUCGCCAGUUUCUCACACAGCUGAUGCAAAAGGAACAGAGAAAUUACCAGUUUGAUUUCCUACGACCUCAGCACAGUCUUUUCAAUUACUUCACCAAGCUUGUGGAGCAGUACACAAAGAUCCUGAUUCCUCCAAAGGGAUUAAUCAUAAAGCUGAAGAAAGAGGCAGAGUACCCCACCGAGGUUUUAGAUCAGGUUCGCUACCGUGUAGAGUGGGCAAAGUUUCAGGAGCGGGAGAGAAAAAAAGAGGAGGAGGAGAAGGAAAGGGAGCGGGUCGCUUAUGCACAAAUAGAUUGGCACGAUUUUGUUGUAGUAGAGAUUGUUGACUUCCAACCUAAUGAACAAGGUAACUUUCCUCCUCCCACAACACCUGAAGAAUUGGGUGCUCGUAUUUUAAUUCAAGAACGAUACGAGAAGUUUGGAGAAAGUGAGGAAGUAGAGAUGGAGGUUGAAUCUGAUGACGAGGAAGAAGUGAAGGAUGGCAAGAAUGAAGAAUCUUCUCAAAUGGAUCAGGAUACUCAACUACAAGACAUGGAUGAAGGUUCUGAUGAUGAGGAUUAUGCGCAAAAGGCUCCUCUCCCUCCAGAGUCACCAAUGCCUCCACCUUUACCUCCAACUCCUGACCAAGUGAUUGUUCGUAAAGAUUAUGAUCCCAAAGCUUCCAAACCUCAGCCCCCUGCCCCUGCAUCAGAUGAAUAUCUGGUAUCACCUAUCACUGGUGAGAAGAUUCCAGCCAGCAAGAUGCAGGAGCACAUGCGCAUUGGUCUUUUGGAUCCACGUUGGCUGGAGCAGAGAGAUCGCUCCAUUCGGGAAAAACAAGGAGACGAUGAAGUAUAUGCCCCAGGGUUGGAUAUCGAAAGCAGCCUGAAGCAGCUGGCUGAACGCCGUACUGAUAUUUUCGGUGUUGAAGAAACGGCAAUUGGUAAAAAGAUUGGAGAGGAAGAGAUCCAAAAACCUGAGGAGAAGGUCACUUGGGAUGGUCAUUCUGGCAGCAUGGCUCGUACCCAACAGGCAGCACAGGCGAAUAUAACUUUGCAGGAGCAAAUUGAAGCGAUCCAUAAAGCUAAGGGCUUGGUCCCCGAGGAAGAUGGCAAGGACAAGAUUGGACCUAGCAAACCUAAUGAAAUCAACCAACCACCACCUCCUUCUUCUUCAUCUACCAUUCCUACUUCUGCACCACCAAUCAAUUCUGCUCCAAGGCCACCUCCACCUGUGUCACUUCACCAACAGAUCAACCCACCUGUGUCACGACCACCAUCGAUGCCACCACCUAUACGUACUACUAUGGUAUCUGCUGUUCCUGUAAUGCAGAGGCCCCCAAUGGCAUCAGUGGUCCGUCUUCCACCUGGUUCUGUGUUGGCUGCUCCCAUGCCACCUAUUUUGCACACACCUAGAAUUAAUGUGGUGCCAAUGCCACCAAAUCCACCCCAAAUGAUGGCACAGAGAGCACAACACAUGAUUGUUCCUGCUGCAUUUGUUCCUGCACCACCUGUUGCCCCUGUACCUACACAAGCGCCACUGCCCCCUGCACACCCCCCUCCACCAAUGGAAGAUGAACCAUCUGCAAAAAAAAUGAAGAGUGAAGACUCUCUGAUGCCGGAAGAUGAAUUCUUGCGCAGAAACAAGGGUCCUGUCACAGUCAAAGUACAGGUUCCCAACAUGCAAGAUAAAACUGAAUGGAAGUUGGGCGGUCAAGUGCUGGCAUUCACUCUGCCUCUUUCGGAUCAGGUCUCUGUAAUAAAGGUUAAAAUUCAUGAAGCGACCGGCAUGCCAGCUGGGAAGCAGAAACUUCAGUACGAUGGUAUCUUUAUUAAGGACUCAAACUCUCUCGCUUACUACAACAUGCAGAAUGGAGCAACAAUUCACUUGGCUUUGAAAGAGAGAGGAGGCCGAAAGAAAUAAGAUCUAAUAAUGACAACAUUUUGGUUAUAUUUUAUCAUCCAUUCUCUUAAACAUGAACACACAGGUUGUGCUGUUAAGUUAGUUUCUGUGUCUGUAGUACCAACAUUUAUUAUAGUGGGUAGUUUUAUUGUUGGAUAUGAGAAUUGCUCAUCAUUGCCAUUACAGAGCAUGACACCAUGCAGACUGUGCACUUUAUGAAUGGCUCGUGUAUGCUGAGAUGAUGUGGAUAAAGUUACUGAGCAACAUUUGUAUUAAUAAAGUCUUUGGGGAUGAAAACAAGUCUUGUCAAUGUCAAACAAUAUUCUAUUAA